AUGAGCCACGCAGAAUCUUCGCUUGGUGCAAGCCACCCAACAAGUGAUCAUGCCAAAACAGCAGACCCAGUUUCGGCGCCGUCUUCGCAGAACGACACUGGGCCCCUGAAUGACAACGAAGAAGCAGUCGAGGACGAAGAGGCAGUCGAGAACGAAGAUGCAGUAGACAACGAAGAAGCAGUCGAAAGCGAAUCCAAGAUUGUUGAUUUGGCAGCGGAGCUGUUCGACUUCCUCGAAAACAAUGACGUCGAUACGAUCGAAUCCGAGGAUUUCAGCGACAAGUUGAAAGACCUCAAAGCCGCGAAUGCAGAUGAUGACAAAUUUCUGAAAACGCUGGUCAAUACAACUCGGCAAGGUAGUAACACGACCUUGCUGCAUGUUGCUGCUAAGGAAGGAUUCUGUGAGAUUGUAAAGCAACUCGUCGAGGAAGGUGCCGACGUCAAUGCCCAAGACCAUGAAGAUAACCAACCGCUACACCUAGCAUGCUAUGAAGGGCAUGACAGGGUAGUAGAAGUUCUCUUAGCGGGGGAUGUUUACAAACCCCAGCCCAACGAAGACGGACGAUACCCUCUCCACUUGGUUUGUGGCUGGUUCACGAAACUGCAACCUGGAACCGUGAAACGCCUGUACGACUACAUGCCUUCAUUCAUUGACGAGAAGGAAGGCGGAUCGGGAUGGACACCAGUCAAUAAAGCCGCUUAUUGGGGAAAUGAAGACAUCGUUGGCAUUUUCUUAGAUGCCAAUGCAAGACUCGACAUUGGAGAUUUUGAUGGCUGGACCCCAUUGAUCUCGGCAGCGAAAGAGGGAUACUUCGGGGUUUUCAACAAGAUUGUCCAUCAUUUGAAAGGAAAGAUGGAAAAAGACGAUGUCACAUACGUUAGGGAUGUCGUCGAUAAACAAGAUGACCUUGGAUUGACAGCCCUCAUGUUCCUUUGUAGCCGCUUAUCCGAAGAAGGAGAGUCUCUUUCAGAGGUCCAAACCUCCGUCAUUAAUCUUCUCGAGCUUGGUCCCGAUCUCAAUCUUCUCAAGGGCACAUUCGAUUUCUUGUUCUUUGAAGGUAACCAGCAGCAAAUCCCGAAAUUCGAUGGCAAAGGCCAAGGGCCUAAGAGUGGCAAACAACAGGCGGGAGAAGGAUCUGGGAAAGAUGAGAAGAAUGCUGAAGAACGCCACAACCGUCAGUCAAAAGUCAACACGGGACAGAAGAAGGUUAUCAAAGCAACAAAGGGCGACACCAGAUUCGAAGACCAUCUAAAUGACUAUUUCCAAGGCAUGGAAGACAUAAUCGAUCUCUUUUGUGUUGGAAAAGCAUCUAUACGGGAGAGUCGCGAUAUUCUGAAACCCGAAGCUGGAGGGGAGAUCGAGUCAAGUAUGAAAAUUUUUCACGCUGCCAUCAUCCAGCUGCGCCAAGAGAACGAUGAGGUUGGCAUAUACGCCAAGUACCGAACGGUUCAUCAUGUUAUUCAUGGAAAUGAGUCACUGGACACUGUCCGAGAUAUCAUGAAAAGGUGUACGAAGGAGUUAACACCUGGCAACUCUUCUGAUUCUGGGUCUGAUGAAUCAAGCGAGGACCAGGAACAAGAGGAGUUUACGUGGAUACACCUCCCGUCGACUAAUAUGAUAUGGAUGCAGAUGCCCUAUAUAUCUUUCUCCUCAUACCACAAGGAGGACGAGAGUGACCCUGGCCAGCAGGACAGCCAGGAGGUUAACAACAGUCCACGCGGCCCCGAGCAGCACGAUGACGCCAAUCCAGGUGCCACCGAUCAGAGUAAGACCCCAGAGACAAGGCGUCUUCAGCGUCAGUUCCUACUCAAUUGUUAUGAGAAAGAAUCGCAACCUAUUCAUUCCUCUCCCACACUAGACGAGUACUACUACCACUUCAACAUGGCUGGUAAGUCUAAGUCCAAAGAGCAGCGAAUAUCACGCAAUGAAACGCAAGUCGUGACAAAAGAGUUGUUCAAGAGGGGAGUAAAAGAUGAGGAAGUCUGGACGCUGCUGAGAGUGAACCAAUUGUGGGCUUGGACUAUUGGAGAAGAUUGGCUUAUCACCGCAAGCUCUUGCGCCUCAAGCGAUUCGGAAACUCGGUUUGUGAAAGACAUCUUGGAACAUCUCGGUAAAAAAGAAAAAGAAGGAAAUAACCGUCAUGGGCCGAGAUCUCCAGCCGACUUGAGAGACUUGAUUGCAGAGUAUUGCAUCAGCAUUUAUGAAAGGAAGUAUAAUUUGAAGGACUUGAAGCCUAUGGUCAAGAGCGGAACGAAAUCCGAUCAAAGCUCUGGUAUUAAACAGAACAGGAAUAGUACCUCUACACCUGGAAAGAACGAUGUGACAGGACGAACUCAGGUCAAAUCCGAUGCUGAUAAGCAACAGCAACAGCAACAGCAACAUAAUGCCGAAGAGGAGGAGGAGGAGCGAGAACGAUCCAUCCGUCAGAUUUUCUCUGAUGCCAUUAAUGAGAUUGGCAGGGUUGAAUCAGAACUAUUCCGUGCUUUCUGUGAUAGACAGUCAAGUGAAGAAGGACAGAAAAGUGGCCACUGGGCUAUUGCUUGGCAACGCUUUGUCGAUUGGCUACCCUUCAUUACGAAGCGACACACACGCGACAAAAAUGAGAAGAGGAUGACAGCAAGACAGCAACUGGACCUCUUGAACAGAGGCACAACAGAUGCAGCGGAGUAUUUAUUCAAGAUUAAAGACAUCAGGGACGAGCUGAACAUCCUGAAGACUAUCGCAAAGUCUCAACACAAAGUUCAAUCCGGACUUACCCGCGGCAAGACUGGACAGACCUGUCACAACUGUCACAUUGGUAGCAAUUCGGGACCCGAUAUCAAUGCUCAAUAUGUAUUGAGUGACAUACUGGAACUCGAUCAAGCUGCUAGUCAAGCUCAAGAAGCUCUUCAGACAACACUUUCACUCCAGGACAGUCAGAUUGCAAAUCUACAGGCAGAAGAAUCUGCACAACAAGGACGAAUCCUAUUUGUUUUCACGCUUUUCACUGUUGUCUUUGUUCCCCUCUCAUUCUUCACCUCUUUAUUUGCUUUGAACGUGGAUGACUUCCUGAGUGCUCCGCCAUGGGCUUUAAUCGUCAUUUUCACUGCUCCUUUACCACUUCUUGGACUAGCGGCACUCUACGUGUACUACUCCGGCAAGAAUGAUUCAUCGAAGUCAGACAAGAAGUCGACCAAUCGUCCGAAGCCAGAUCCAGAGGCGAAAGAAAGUCCUGGAAAAAAGACACACAAUCUAAUUGAUCGAAAUUAUAUGCAAAGUAUGCGGCGCAUUGUCGGGAGAAAAGAUUCACGGGAAACAAAAGACUCAGAUCCGGAGCGAGGGCCUUUGGCAGACAAUGAGUGA